AUGUCAUCUUCUAAAGCCUCGAGAAUAGGAGAGGAAACGAGAAUUGACAAAGUCAACGCCGAAUUAGUCACAUUAACAUACGGCACGAUUGUCGCGCAACUAUGUCAAGACUACGACAGCGACUACCAGGAAGUCAAUAAGCAGUUGGAUAAAAUGGGUUACAACAUCGGCAUGCGAUUAAUCGAGGACUUCUUGGCCAAGUCGGGGGUCGGACGAUGUGCGAAUUUCCGUGAGACAGCCGACAUGAUUGCCAAGGUUGGCUUCAAAAUCUUCUUGAACGUCGCUCCUACUGUCACGAAUUGGACUAGCGACAACAACCAGUUCUCCCUCAUCUUCGAUGAAAAUCCGCUCGCCGACUUUGUCGAACUUCCGGACGAUGGACGGGCUCAGGAUGAGCUAUGGUUCUCGAAUAUUCUUUGUGGUGUGCUUCGAGGUGCGCUAGAAAUGGUUCAAAUGCAGAUCGAGGCGCAUUUUGUCAGCGACAUACUUCGGGGUGAUGACACGACAGAAAUGCGCGUGUCCUUGGUACGAUACAUCGAAGAUGAGAUGCCUCCGGAGGAAGAGUGA